CAAAAAUAAUUUUAAUGGCUGGGGUGUGACAAUAAUUGAUGCAUUGGAUACGAUGUGGAUUAUGGGCUUAAAAGCAGAAUUUAAUCGAUCAAGAGAUUUCGUUAAAAAUUUGAAUUUUACAAAGACUGUCGAUAAUAUUAACGUGUUUGAAACCAUAAUCCGAUAUUUAGGUGGAUUACUGAGUGCUCAUGAACUUUCUCAGGAUAAGAUAUUUUUAGAAAAAGCAUAUGAACUAGGUAUUGCUUUAUUACCAGCAUUCGAAAGUUUGAGUGGAUUGCCACAUAAUUUAUUACAUCCUAUUAAGUAUGAUGAUCUUAAUCAGUUGGGCGAUUUUAUUCAGUUAAAUGUUGAAUCUAUUGAAAGCAUGAAAAAAUACUUAAUUAAAGAAAGCCUAGUGGAAAAUCGUCUAAUCUUAGGCGAAUUAUCUGAUAACAUUUUUUCUGGAGCAUUUGAACAUUUGGGGUGUUUCGUUCCAGGAAUGCUUGGUAUAGGCGCUAAAGUUCUUAACCGUCCUCAAGACCUUGAAAUCGCUAUAAAAUUAGCAGAAACAUGUUAUUGGGCAUAUAUAUCAACUCAUACUAAAAUUGCACCUGAAAUAAUGUGGGUUUUGACGAAUGACACACAAUCAAAAACUCGGCAUGAAACUGAAAACCUUCCGGUUGAUGUAUAUAAAAUGGACCCUAAAUAUUAUUUGAGACCAG